UCUAGUUGACUCUGUUUGCUCUGGCUCUCCUCCAUCUUUUCAUCUCUUUCUUUCAAGCUUAGAAAUGGAGACAAAGCACCCAAAACUAGAAAAGUCUGACCAAAUAGUUUGGAGCUUAGAAGACGAGCAUUCAGGCCAUGCCAAAUCUUAUACAUGUUCUUUUUGCAAAAAAGGCUUCUCAAAUGCACAAGCGCUAGGGGGUCACAUGAACAUCCACAGAAAAGACAGGGCAAAGCUUAGAGAAUCGUCCAAAGAAAACGUACUUCCUUUGUACAUGGUAAAGACGGUUAAUGUUCCACCUGAUCAUCACGAUCAUUCCCAGGUUUCCGAAAUCAUACUACAAUCUAGUGAAGAAAAAAUUUCGAGUCCCAAAAGACCAUGUAACCUUUCCAGGGAUGGUGAUGGUUCCACUGCCAGUGCCAGUCCUAGCGGCAAACAUGCUUUUGAAGAACUUCAGCAGCUACCCUUAUUCGUUGAGGGGACUUGCGGCGAGAAUGAAGAGGAUAAUUUGCGGUUGAUUCAUGGUUCCUCAUCUCAGAUAGAAUUGGAUCUUGAGCUACGGUUAGGGCCCGAGCCUUAUCUGGAUCAGCCAAGUAGUAAGAAUACCAGAGAGUUCUUUUGAAUUUAUACGAGUGCAGGUGAUGCUUGACAUCCAAAUUUUAACUUUCUCUCUUAUGAUUUCUGCGAUUGAGAAAUAGUACUUUACCAACUAUCAA